AAAUAUUAGCAGCCUCCGGAGAUGGGGUUAAGAUCAACAGAAGUUUUGGGUUGUUGCCCGGCAACAUCAGCGUUAAGUUUGUGAAGUUUCUAGGAAGGAUCUCUGUGGUGUCGAUCCUUUGAGGUUUAAACCACUCGCUCAUCCCGGGAUUAUUAGAAUGGCCGAAAUAACACGUUUGAGCAGAGAAUCGUGUGAUUUAAUGACGGAAUGGUCAUGUAAAGGAGAGGGGGAUUUUAACAUUUGUGGACGCUGUCAGCCUUGUGUCCUAAAUGACAGACUUAACCAGUUUACCCAGUGGAUGCAAAAUGCCGGCAGAGCAUCUCAGAAGAGAUUCCUCACCGGCAUCCUUAUGCGCUGCCAAAAUCUUCAGAUCCUGGAGAGUCUUCGGAGCGUUUUAAAAGUGACAUCGGGUAAGGAUUUCACCUAUGCCAGGUUCAGACACCAGCCAAAUAACACUAAAGGCAUGAAUAACAGCAGCCGGAGUGUGAAACUGCAUGGCAUGGACAUGCUGGAAACCUGGGAAUGGUAUAGGAAGAGCCCACAAUGGACCGAAUCCAAAUAUCUGCUGGGGGUCUUGUCUUCGUGCGAUACCCACCUUUUGCACAUUUUAGGAAAUGUGGUGCACAGCCUGAUUGAUUGGGAAAAACACAGAUUUCUUCAGUUCAGCAAUGCAGUGUCCCAUUUAUUAGAUGUGUGCCAUUCAGCAAAGAACUGGGAUGAAAGAAACGGAAAUGGAGAUUCAGGGUCUGACAGUUCUGAUGACCACGCCCUUACAGUCAUUCCUGGGACAUCUAAAUCAUUGUCAGGGGUCAGCCACUAUAGAGACCUCAUUCGAAGACUGCCACUGAAUGUGGCAAAGAGGAUUUUGGGGCUUUUGGACAAAGCCUCUCUAAACAGCUGCAGGCGUGUGUGCAAACACUGGCGAUACCUAUCAGAGGAGGUCUUAACAGAAAUGGAAUGGAAGAAAAGGGUUUGGGAACAGGCCAUGAUUCUGCGGGGUAACUCCAAAUCCAGGGUCAACCCUGUUUAUGCCAAGAUCUGUGAUGUCGAAGUGCCCAUUAAUGAAGAGGAACAACAAUUUCAGCAUGAUGAAUCUUUUCCCAUUGAAGUGGAACAGGACUUUGAUUCUGUCUACAAAGGACAGUCUAUUAAAACUAAGACGAUCCAACUGGAAGAAAGGAACGUGUACUGUGGAGCGUAUAACGUCCUUGUCUUGCUGAAAAGAGAGGAUCCCAGUAGAGUGAUGCAUUACGCUGGGGGUCAGCUGGUAGCGGUCGGCUCCAAAGAUCGUACCGUCAGGAUGCUGUAUGUUGCUUCACUCAAAGAGGGUCCUCCUGUGAUUCGGGGCCACGCUGGCAGCGUCAGAGCGGUUCUGGUUUGUGAAGAGAAAGAUUUGGUUAUCAGCGCAAGCUAUGACCUCAGUAUCAGGUGCUGGAAUCUGAAGACGGGUGUCUGCACAAGGAUCUUUCAUGGACAUUUUGGCACUAUAAACUGUCUGGAUUUGUGUGGAGAAAGACUGGUGUCUGGUGCCAAAGACUGCAGAGUAAAAGUGUGGAACCUGCUGACAGGGAAGUGCGUUGACAGACUGAAGUUUAAACAUCCUAAACCAAUCACGUGUGUGAAGAUUGAUGAAACCGUGGUGAUCAGCAGCUGUGCCGGAGGUCUGGUCAGGAUCUGGAACAUGGAGAGCGCAUCCCUCAUAAAGCAAAUCAAUGGCCACCAGGGGGCGGUGUUGUGUUUGUGCCUCGACCGUUGGCACAUCCUUUCUGGGGGUUCAGAUGGGUCGGUCAAAGCGUGGAGUACCAACAGUGGCUUCAAUAAGUGUCUGAGGACCUUCCAGCAUCCAAAAGAGGUGCUGACAAUGUCUUUCCUGUUCCUGCGGGUAAUUACCGGCUGCAUGGAUGGAAAUAUCCGGAUCUUCAACUUUCUAAAUGGCGACUGUCUGAGAGUCAUCAAGAUGAAUGUGCAGCAGAGCCCCAUCCUUUCUCUGCACACACAUCACAACACUGUAGUGGUGAUCACCAGAGGAACCGUUCUCAUGCUACAGUUUGCAGAAGUACAGUGGGACUAUUCUGCUUCUGCCGUGAAUAAUUUUUUCCGCCGAUCUUACACCUCCGACGGUGGGCUUUGGAGCAAGGAGAAGAGUUCAUAUGCUCAGCCAGAGCUCACAAGGGCAACGACAUGGAGUAAGCUUCAGGCUCAUCGGCACAGGAGGGCCUUCAUCGACCUGCAGCCUGAGCUUCUUACCAAACCCAGAUCUGGUCCAUCAGCUGGCAGUCUUGUCAGUGAAUGCAGUAAAGACUUUGAGAAAAAAGUCAACCACACACUAGCUGCUUGGAGUGCCAUCACCAGUUUGGAUAAAGAGACCAACAGCGUGCUUCUCAGCCAGAGUGAGAAAGCAGUCAGAGACCGGAUUAGAAAGAGAGGUCCUCACCAUCCUAUGACCCUUGAUAUGAUUCUACUACGAGCUAACAGCUCCAAGUACGGCCAAUGCAAUGAUCUCGCGAGGUCUAAUAUGGAGCUAAAUGCCAGAGUACGAGACGCCUGGGGCCCAGAUUCCUCCCGAGAGACCCAAAUCUCCAAAACCCACACGUCUGGUCCAUCAUUUCCACCCACUGAAACCACCUUAAAAAAAUCAGCCAAACUUGGUGCCCCUUCCACCACCCACAAGCAUGUGCACCUCAACCCUCAGAGGUCCAGAUAGACCUCCUCCUGCUCCCGCUUUCCUGCCCAGCUGGAGGCAGAGCGCACCAAAGGAU